CUCCUAGCUGGAGUGAGAGGGUCUGCAGUCGGCUCUCUCCAGCCCUGCUUCAACUAAUCAAAUCCCUGAUGAGCAGGGGGUUGCGGGAUUAGUAGCCUAUAUAAUCAGGUGUGUAGAGUAAGGUUGGAGUCGGCUCUCUCCAGCCCUGCUUCAACUAAUCAAAUCCCUGAUGAGCAGGGGGUUGCGGGAUUAGUAGCCUAUAUAAUCAGAGAUGUGAGGGUACCUACAGCUGACUGAAGUGAAGGCCAGCAUCUCAACCAUGGGGAAGCGGUAUUACUGUGACUACUGUGACCGGUCCUUUCAGGACAACAUGCACAACAGGAAAAAACACCUGUAUGGUGUUCAACACCACAGAUCUAAAAAGGCUUGGUUUGACAAUUUCAGGGAUGCUGCAGCCAUCCUGUAUGAUGAACAAACGAAGAAACCCUGCAGGAAAUUUCUUCAGACAGGCCAGUGUGUGUUUGGCAACAACUGUAGGUUCUCUCACAUGUCAGAGAGGGACAUGGAGAACUUAAGAAUGCAGAUUGAAGAUGAAAGACGGAGCAGAGAGGACCCGGAGCACAGAGCGUCCCCUGAGCGGAGCAUAGAGGAGUGGCUCACCAGGAGAGAGAAGAAGAGAGCCGCCCUCAGCAGUGGAAGUGUUCUGAAAGAGGAAGAUGAGGAGGAUGAAGAUAAUCAACCAGAGAAUGACAUACCGCAACAUUUCCUCACCAUUCCUGACCUUCCUCCCUCCCUUCGGCCCCCUCCCCCUGGAGGAUGGAAAGUCAAAGUCAGAACUGAAUGGGGUUGAAGGGGCAGUGCAGUUAAUGGCAGUUUCACACUGAAAUUUGUUAAAAUUAUGAUAAUGCCCUUUUUGUGUAAGAGCUGUUUGAAAAAAAAGAACUGGAUUUUCAACCUGUUCAGGUGGGGUGGAUUUUUUUGGUAACUGAUUUGAUUAUUCUGACCAAUGACCAGUCAUCUUUUAUUUGUAUAUGUAUCCUGCUUUGAAGGGGUAAGCAGGUAGGCUCAGAGUCUAGACGAUCCUAUCCACCAAUCAGGGUUGUGUAUGUUAAUAUAUUUAAAUUUGUAUCAACACGCCCACACGAUCAGACUGAGCAUUUCAAUGGCAAAAGGAGCCUCAGGGAAAUAAAUAUUUUCAUGAAAUAAACACACAGUGAUUUAUUAGACAUACAGUGAAUAAAAAAUUAUUAAGACUGCAUGGGAGCUUUAAAGCUGGUUCAUCAUUUCUUGCUCAAAGUUUAAAGUGGUGAUGCAAGAACGGAUCAUUAAUUGCUAUUAGGGCUCAAACUUUUACUUGAUAGAAGUGAGUGAAUUUGUAAUCUUCACAUUUUAAUUGAUUUUUUUCCAUCAGACUACAUUCAAAUUGAGUUGUGUGCAUGUAGAGAUUUUGUUGAGUUGGUCCUUGUAUUCAAGAAAAUGUAUUCUGAGUUGGAAAUGUACAGAAUGUCAGGUUUUAGUGCUUUUUAAAUGAUUGCCUCAGGAAAGCAGCAGAAGUGGAGUGGCUACCGUGAUAUAAACUCAGUAAAAAAAAGAAACUUCCUCUCACUGUCAACUGCGUUUAUUUUCAGCAAACUUAACGUGUAAAUAUUUGUAUGAACAUAAGAUUCAACAACUGAGACAUAAACAGAACAAGUUCCACAGACAUGUGACUAACAGAAAGGGAAUAUUGUGUCCCUGAGCAAAGGGGGGAUCAAAAGUAACAGUCAGUAUCUGGUGUGGCCACCAGCUGCCUUAACUACUGCAGUGCAUCUCCUCAUUGACUGCACCAGAUUUGCCAGUUCUUGCCGUGAUAUGUUACCCCACUCUUCCACCAAGGCACCUGCAAGUUCCCGGACAUUUCUGAGGGGAAUGGCCCUAGCCCUCACCCUCCAAUCCAGCAGGUCCCAGACAUGAGCAAUGGGAUUGAUAUCUGAGCUCUUAGCUGGCCAUGGCAGAACACUGACAUUCCUGUCUUGCAGGAAAUCGCACACAGAACGAGCAGUAUGGCUGGUGGCAUUGUCAUGCUGGAGGGUCAUGUCAGAAUGAGCCGUCACGAAGGGUAGCACAUGAGGGAGGGGGAUGUCUUCCCUGUAACGCACAGCGUUGAGAUUGCCUGCAAUGACAACAAGCUCAGUCCGAUGAUGCUGUGACACACCGCCCCAGACCGUGACGGACCCUCCACCUCCAAAUCGAUCCCGCUCCAGUGUACAGGCCUCGGUGUAACGCUCAUUCCUUUGACGAUAAACGCGAAUCCGACCAUCACCACUGGUGAGACAAAACCACGACUUGUCAGUGAAGAGCACUUUUUGCCAGUCCUGUCUGGUCCAGCGACGGUGAGGUUGUGCCCAUAGGCAACGUCGUUGCCGGUGAUGUCUGGUGAGAACCUGCCUUACAACAGGCCUACAAGCCCUCAGUCCAGCCUCUCUCAGCCUAUUGCGGACAGUCUGAGCACUGAUGGAGGGAUUGUACGUUCCUGUUGUAACUCGGGCAGUUGUUGCAAUCCUGUACCUGUCCCGCAGGUGUGAUGUUCGGAUGUACCGAUCCUGUGCAGACGUUGUUACACGUGGUUUGCCGCUGUGAGGACGAUCAGCUGUCUGUCCUGUCUCCCUGUAGCUCUGUCUUAGGCGUCUCACAGUACGGACAUUGCAAUUUAUUGCCCUGGCCACAUCUGCAGUCCUUAUGCCUCGCAGCAUGCCUAAGGCACGUUCACGCAGAUGAGCAGAGACCCUGGGCAUCUUUCUUUUGGUGUUUUUCAGAGUCAGUAGAAAGGCCUCUUUAGUGUCCGAUGUUUUCAUAACUGUGUCUUAAAGACCGUUCCACCAGUGCAUGUUCAUUAAUUGUUUAUGGUUCAUUGAACAAGCAUGGGUAACAGUGUUUAAACCCUUUACAAUGAAGAUCUGUGAAGUUAUUUGCAUUUUUACAAAUUGUUUUUGAAAGACAGGGUUCUGAAGAAGGGACGUUUCUUUUUUUGCUGAGUUUAUUUUAAAAAAUACUUUUGUAUUUUGUGAUUUGCUUCCCUCCACAUUUUCUAUGUGAUGGGAAAGUGGUUUGUCCAUGUUGGGAUGAUUUAUUUAUAAUGGAUGGCAUACUGUUUUACCUCCAAUUAAGUUCUGGGUCCGUAUUAAGAGAACGAGGAUCGGAACCGGAACAAAGAGCUCCACCCUCUCUCUGAGUUACAGGCAAGUCUAUUGGCCAAAUGUCCCCUCCCCUUAUGUUUUUCGAAAGAAGAGAAAAUCGUGAUUCGUCCAAAGCAUCGGAACCAAUGCUGCUCGUUAUCAAACCUUUUCGUAUCAUGACAGAUCUACGAUACCAUUUAUGUUUACGUAGUCUGUCCACGAGGGAUUACCUCGCCAAUGAUGUUGUCCACGUACCAAGGAUGGCUGGCCACUUGUGUAACAAAAUGGUUUUAUAUUUCCUAUCUUCUGGUAAUAAAAUGGUGUUUUAACUGAA